CUGAUAGAGCUGCAGGAAGUUAAUAAGGUUCUUGCGGAUUUUGUGCUGUUGUUGCAAGGAGAAUCAGAAGUUCAACAUGUUUCUGUUGUAUUUUUGAAUUUCUCAAUGAAUACCGAGAUUUUGGUCCUAUAUUUUGCUAGAAGUGCCGAAAUAACAGGACUUCGUUCAGAGCACAUCAGUGUUCCUCAAGUAUUAACGUCUCUGCAGCUGUGGGAGGAGCUAGUGAAACGACAUCCCAGACUCUGUAUGUUACGUGAGCAAGUUAUCCUUGCAGUGCGUCAAGAGUACGUUGUUUUGGGAAAUCAGCCUGUGAUCCUGCAGUCUGGGGACGAAGUUGCUGUCAUUCCUCCCCUCAGUGGAGGGUAGUUCUCAUAUAC